AUGGAGGUGUUGCAGUUGCUGGCUUCCGAUUUUACCCUCCGCCAUUCCCUUUCCAAGCCCACCGUCUCCCUUCCUCCCACUCACUCACUCUCCGUCGUCGUGUUCCGGCGGCGGAGAUCACCCUGCGGCGGGCGGUGGUGGGCUCCGCGAGCAUGCGCGGUGGAGGUGUCGGAGUCGGAGGGAGGGAAGAUGGUGAUGGAGCUGGUGGGAGCCUUCAACGAGUUGACGGAGAGAAUGAACGUGCUGUCGACGAGCUCUUCGCGUCUUCUGUUUAAGUGCCUCAAACUCUCCAUCCCCAUCUUGCAGAGCUCUCCUCUCGCUCCCGAUGGCCGUUCCCCUCUCUCCAAAGCCUUAUCCGUCGCCUUGCUCCUCGCUGAUCUCCAAAUGGAUGCCGAGGUAAUCUCUGCUGGGAUAUUCAGAGCAGUAUUGGAGGCGGGUGAGUUGAGCAUACAUGAAAUUCGGAAUCAGAUGGGUCUAGCCACUGCUCAUUUGCUGCACGAGAGUUUGCGGGUGAAUAAUUUUCCAUCCAGAAUAGAUGUUGUGGAUGAUGAUAAUGCUGCUGCAUUGAGAAAGUUCUGCCUCACUUACUAUGACAUCAGGGCUUUGAUUCUGGACCUGGCUUUGAAGCUUGACAUGAUGAGACACCUUGAUUAUCUGCCCAGAUAUCAGCAGCAGAUUAUUUCUAUGCAGGUUAUGAAGAUACAUGCUCCUCUUGCUCAUGCUGUGGGAACUACCUACUUGUCACUGGAAUUGGAAGAUCUCUCGUUUCAGUACUUAUUUCCUUAUUCAUAUCUUUAUGUGGAUGCGUGGUUGCGAAGUCAUGAGACUGGGGGUGUAUCUCUUAUUGACAUCUACAAGGAGGAACUGCUCCGUAAUCUAAAGGCUGAUUCCUUGCUUGCUGAACUUGUGGAUGAUGUCUCGAUCAAAGGUCGCUUUAAGAGUCGUUAUAGCACAAUGAAGAAGCUGUUGAAGGAUGGUCGGAAGCCAGAAGAUGUGAAUGAUGUACUUGGGAUGCGAGUGAUAUUGAAUCCUAAGGCUGGAGAGAAUGCAUUAGAGGCUGGAGAGAGAGCAUGUUAUAGGACUCAUCAGAUCAUCCAAUCUAUGUGGAAGGAAAUCCCUUAUCGGACAAAGGAUUAUAUUGCCAGGCCAAAAGCAAAUGGAUAUAAAAGUUUGCAUAUGGCAGUUGAUGUGAGUGAAAAUGGUAAGACAAGACCAUUGAUGGAAAUACAGAUAAGAACAACUGAAAUGGACAGGCUAGCAGUUGGUGGAACAGCUGCUCAUUCAUUAUACAAGGCUGGCCUUACUGAUCCUGAGGAGGCAAAGCGUCUGAAGACCAUCAUGUUGGCUGCAGCUGAAUUGGCUGCGCUGCGCCUUAAAGAUUUUCCAACAAGUACAAAUCAUAAAGGAAUUGAAAUUCACCAGAGGGAUAGAGUGUUUCGCCUUCUUGACAAGAACGGAGACGGUAAAAUUAGCAUUGAGGAACUUACAGAAGUGAUGGAGGAGCUUGGUGCACCAGCAGAAGAUGCCCGAGAAAUGAUGCAGCUCCUUGACUCAAAUAGUGAUGGCUCCCUCAGUUCUGACGAAUUCCAUAUGUUCCAAGAACAGGUUGAGUUGGUGCGUAAUUUAGAGGUCCGAGAUGAUCAAUACAAGAAAUUAUUGGAUGAGAAGCUUCAUAUGGCAGAUGAGAGUGGUUUAAUUCAAGUUUAUAGUAAGGAGUUCGGCAACAGGCUUGCGAGCUAGUGCUUCAUCCAUUUGAAACGAAUGACAGAACAAAACACACUCAAUUUACUCCACUUGUGAUAUGAUCAUUAAGCUAGAGCCACGCGUAAGUGAUGUAAUUUCCAUGUAAAUUAAUUAAUGACAGAAAUUCCAGAGAUAAAGAAAUUUGCAAUAUCUUAUUUCU